GCUCGGUCGCCCUCCGCUCCCCGUCCAGCCUGCCCUGCUCCGGUCAGGCCCCGUCACCUGCCACCCAGUCAUUUUCUGACUCCCUCCGGCCUAGUCCAUCAGGUCUUGGAGUGCUCAUUCGCGUCUCCCAGUGCUUUCCGGGGAGGGCGGAGUUCCUUCCCGGCCGGGCGAGUAUGGAGUAACUGUUGACAGUCUUCCCAACUCGGUCGGUGGGUCUGGAAGAGGGACUCCAUCAAGUCGACCACUGCUUGUGGCAUUUCAGAGUAUGAUGGAGUGUUGUGUUUCCAAAUGAGGAGGUCAGUUAUAGAGAAAGGUGAUUAAUGGCUGGCUGGCAGUUGAUGUAUAUACAUAUAUUCAGAAAUGUUUUGCCACCUGAGACCAGUGAGAAGGUUAUGUCUGGAGAAGAUAUUUCCACACUGGUUUCUCUACUCAAGAGCUUUAUCUGGAGCUGAAGCAGUCAAUGCCUUGAGGCCAUUCUAUUUUGCAGUACAUCCAGAUUUCUUUGGACAACACCCCAGAGAGAGGGAAGUCAAUGAAAAUUCUCUUAAGAGAUUAAGUGUCUACUUAGAAAACCUCCAGAAACCAGGCUCCAAGUCUUUGAAACCAACUCAGCUUACAUUUUAUGUAAGAGAAACAGAGCAGAAUUCUUCUGAAGGCCAGGAACCCUUUAGCACAUCCGGAUUUCGAGCAGUCAAAUUUACUUUGCACACCAGAGAUCUGCUAAGCACAGUAUUAUAUAUUCUCAACUCCUGCAGUUUAUCUGUUGAACAUAUCCAAAGCUUGAAUACUAAUGUGUGUUCCCAGCCUCUCAAAGAGGCUAAAAGGAUGCCUGACAGGCCCAUCAAGUGGGACAAGUCUUAUUACUACUUUACUGGAUUCAAGGACCCUCAUGAAGACCUUGAACAAGUCUCGAGAAUGGAAACAACCCUCACAUCCUGGUUAGAUAACAAUGGGAAAAGUGCAGUUAGAAAGCUGAAGAACAGUUUGCCACUUAGAAAAGAACUAGAUCGUCUAAAAGAUGACCUGUCUAAUCAGCUGCAGCUCUCGGACAUCAGGUGGCAGAGGGGCUGGGGCAUCGCCCAUCGCUGUAGCCAGCUUCACAGUUUAGGCCGCCUAGCACAGCAGAACUUGGAAACACUUAAAAAUGCAAAAGGAUGUACAAUAAUAUUUACAGACCGCUCCGGGAUGAGUGCAGUGGGCCAUGUGAUGCUAGGAACAAUGGAUGUCCAUCAUCACUGGACAAAACUUUUUGAAAGAUUACCAAGUUAUUUUGACCUUCGGAGGAGGCUGAUGCUGUUGGAAGACCAAAUAAGCUAUCUUCUAGGUGGCAUACAAGUGGUUUAUAUCGAAGAGUUGCAGCCAGUAUUGACACUUGAAGAGUAUUACUCUCUUCUUGAUGUGUUCUAUAAUCGGCUGUUGAAAAAUAGAAUACCCUUUCACCCUCGAAGUCUACGUGGUUUAAAAAUGAUCCUUAACAGUGACAGAUAUGCUCCAAGCUUGCAUGAACUCGGGCACUUUAACAUCCCAAGCCUCUGUGAUCCAACAAAGCUCCAGUGGUUUAUUCUAACCAAAGCCCAACAGGCAAGAGACAACAUGAAGAGGAAAGAAGAGUUAAAGGUUAUUGAAAAUGAAUUGAUAGAGGCUUCAACGAAGAAAUUUUCUCUGGGAAAGUUUUAUAAGGAGCCCAGCGUUUCUAGUAUACAAAUGGUGGAUUGUUGUAAGAGACUUCUAGAACAGUCGCUGCCUUACCUACGAGGGAUGCAUCUCUGCAUUUCACAUUUUUAUUCUGUCAUGCAAGAUGGAGACGUUUGUAUUCCUUGGAACUGGAAGGAUGGAGAAGCCGUUAAGUAACACAGAAAUCGGUAUUAUUUUUUGAAGAGACAAGAAACCGUUAAACUUAUUUAAAUCCACAAUUUAAUAUAACAGUAUUAUUUACAUAUUACAAGGACAAAAUUUCUAACUGCUGCUCUAAAAGUAGACCUUUUUUAAAAAUUAAUUUCUGCUACAAAACUUGCUUUAAAAGGUUUUAUCUCCCAGUCUUAUGGCGUUUCUUAGCUGAUUGGCAAGAUUGGGUAAAAAGAUGUCAGCAUCAAGGAACAUAUUUUGCGGUAUAUAAAUGAGGGGUUCUACGAAGUUGAGGAUAUAUAUUUUUAUAUGAGUGAGCGUGUGUAAGUGUAAUCAGGUCUCAUUCAGCGUAGCUCCGGAGCGAUGGAACUCAUUCAACAUGCAACUUUGUAGUUACAUCUCAUGGGUCAAUACAAAUGCGUAUUUUGCAGCCAGUACGGGACAGUUGCUGUCCAAAACAGAAGACAACCGAUGGAUGGCAAAAAUUAGAUAACCGAAUUUUUCCUGAAAGAAAGAGUAGAAGGAAAAAAAGCAACUGGAUGUAUGUAUGGUAUUGACAUGGACAUAAGCAGUCUGAUACCAGUUCGUUAGAAACAUCUUAGUGACAGCAAACUUGGGUUUAAACCCGUGGGUUUUCCUAUCCAUUAAUCUAUCACAACUGUUGGUAGCAUGACACAACAGACAGUGAAUGUCUUUGAAUCAGUGAGGGGACUCUGGUUUCUCAUGGACAAACUGUCUGGAAAAACCCUUGCUGGUGUCCCACAGAGUUCCAGCAAGUCGAACCAAGUGUAAAAUGGUUCAGGCCAUCCAGGAUUUGUCACCUCCUCAACCCCGGGCUUCCUGUUCCUACCAGUGUUUCGCAUCCGGCAUGAAGUCCCUCUGAGCCACCCGUGUGCGAGGUUGUGUGGCCUCCCUGAGGUCGCAGCACGGCCCAGACCUAAGGCCAUGGCGGGCCCACUCUGGAGACGCAGGGCUUCUCUCUCUGCAAUCCUUUCCCUUCGGAUAAUGUAUUUCGCCAGAUCCAAAACCUCUCCAGCUUGUUUCUCAGGAGGGUAAGGUGAAUCUAAUUUGGGAUACCAUUUUCGUGGCUCCUACUGCUGGCUGAAGAAAUAAGAAAGGAAGUUUUUUUCACAGUGCAUCAGAAAGGGAAGGAGCUGUUAACCAUUCUUGAAGUAUGUUUCAAAUUCAUCUAAAACACCGAUUGUUUAAACUGUUUAAAUUCAAAUGUGUGUUCAAAAGAAAUACUGAUGUGUAAUUUUUAUAGUUUGUGCAUAUCAUCCCUGUGAACAUUCAGUAACAAGUAUACUGAAUUUGUUUUUCUAAUGUAAAAAUGUUGCCUAUAAGGAUUUUCCAGAGCCAAAUGAUGGGGGUGAACAAUUCCUUCCUUAAAGGUUAUGUAAGAAAAUUUAUUGAAAAGUAGCUUUGGAUCAUGCCAUUUCUAAAAUCAACUAAUAUAGAAUCCUCAGUAAUAUGUUUUGAAUUGGACUUUGUCUCAGAACUGAUUGUUAACAAUAAUAUAAUAAAUAAUACAUUAAUCAGA